AUGGCGGUGGUGGUGAGUCAGGAACCAGAAUUUCUUACCGCCUUCGCCGAGUGGUCUCUGAAGGGCAGGCUGCUGGUGUGGUCCACUAGGCUGGUGGUGGUGACCCGCUUGUUGCUUCCACAGCUCCAGGCCCUUCUGCCCACCUACUGGACUUUCUCCAUGAUGAACACAGUUUUUCUCAACGUUGAGAAGAAGUCUUCUAUCAUAACUUUCCACGGAGCAAUGGUGAACGUGACCCCCAUGCCGUUCAUGCCUCACUGGCGCACCGUGACUCCCGAGGGAUCGUCCAUCCCCAUACAUGAAGGAAGCGACUAUGAGCUACUAAUGGCUGUAGCUGCCACGCUCAACUUUUCCAUCAGAACCGUGCCUUGCAACUCCUGGGCUGAGGCAACAAGACUGGUCGAGGAACGCAUAUCGCUGAUGUGUCCCAUCUAUCAUAACAAGCUGACUGUGAGAGCGGAAAAGUAUGAUUUCUCCUUUACCUAUGAAUUCUCUUUUCUGUCCUUCGCGAUGGCAAAGCCCACACAGAGGCCUCGAUGGCAGAGUCUGUACUAUCCAUUAUCCCAUGAAGUGUGGCUCAUUGUGCUGGCCACUGUUUUCUUCGUUCCAGUAGUUUAUAUUUCGGUUAACUUUGUGCAACAAGCAAUCCAUGGAGAGAAACUCUGGAGUGCCGGAAGAGUGUUCCAAGACAUGGCUGGUUUAAUUUUGGGGCAAAGUCUUCCAUAUGAGGUGUCCUGGUUCACUUCCAACCGAAUCCUGCUGGCCGCUUGGUUAGUGUUCGUUAUCGUGUUCGGAUCGGUCUACAAAGGGAAUUUGACAGCACAUCUUACCUUGCCCAAGUACCCUUCUCGCCCAGAGACCCUGAAGGAACUCGUGGAGACUGUGGACAAGGUGACAAUGCCGGAUUAUGGAGAAUCGUUCCUCAAGUAUUUUAGAAGGUCAAACUCUCCUUUAUUCAUCGCUCUAGGAAAUCUGAUGGAGUUAGGCCCGAAUGCGGUGGAGGGCCUGCAGCGAGCACUGAGGGCCAAGGAAGCUCACGUGAGCGGCAGAAGAUACCUAAAGUACCAGGUAGCAGACAAGUUCGGGAACGAGGACGGGACUAACCGCCUGUAUGUGGGCCGCGAGACAGUUUUCCCUGGCCAUUCGGGCUGGCCCAUCCCCCAUGAUGCACCCUACUCAGAACAGCUUGAUAAUUCGAUUAUGGCUGUUCUGGAGGCGGGACUGUACGAAAAGUGGACGUCUGACAUACUGGCCAAGACCAUAAUGGAGCGCAAGCGGCGGCUGCGACAACCACAACAGGGAGACCAUCAGAAAGACUCGGCACCCAAGAAAUCCUCCCAGAGCCUCACCAUCACCCACACGCAGGGCGCCUUCAUCCUCCUCCUGCUGGGCUUAAUCCUCUCAACCAUCACCUUUGCCGCAGAGAUGAAGUUUCCUUAA